AUGAGUGAUACGUCAGAUUCGGAAAUCUCGGAGGAUUUCUCUCCUCCAAAUAAGCGCAGCAGAGCAAGGGCGGCUCUUUCAGAUGAAAAUGAAUCCGAGGAAGAAGAAACGGGAGGUAAUGAGAAGAACAACGAUGCGGGCGACGAAGAGGAUGAGGAAGAUGAGGACGAGGAGGAUGAGGAGGAAGACGAUAGACGUCCUUCCAAGCGGAAAAGAAAAAUGCGCUUCGACGUGCAAGAUCUUUCACUGCUCCUAAAAUUAACCAGUUAUUAA